UCCUAAUUUUCUUGAAUAUUCAAUAUUGAGCAAAAGUAAUUGUUGUUGCCGCUGCUUUUAUACAAUUGCCAUCCAGCUAUAUCCGCGAUUUAAUAAGCGACGACAGCUAAAUCUGAAAUAUCACAUUAUUUCAAUACAUCCGUACGUAGUUUGUUAAUCAUGGAAAACCAAGGCACCUCCGCACCUAGAGUAAGCGAUAAACGAUUAGCUCAGACACAAGCUCAAGUAGAUGAGGUCGUUGGUAUUAUGCGUGUAAAUGUCGAGAAAGUGUUGGAACGCGACCAAAAGCUGUCAGAACUGGACAAUCGUGCGGAUGCUCUACAACAUGGAGCGGCGCAAUUCGAACAACAGGCUGGUAAGCUUAAGAGGAAGUACUGGUGGCAAAAUCUUAAAAUGAUGUUGAUAAUUGGUGCGGUGGGAGCCGUCCUCCUCAUUAUUAUUAUUGUGUGGGCCACAUCUGGCUCAAGCUCAACCGCUGCUCCUCCACCAGUCACUCCAGCUCCAGAGACACCAUCAGGACGAUAAUUUUUCAGAUUCCUAACGUUUUACUAAAGGGGCUCUUCCAUAGGUUGAUGUUAAUAGUGGCAUUCACUAAGAGCCAGCCCAUACUCAAUUUGUAACACCUUUUCUAAUAUAUUUACCACCUUCAGCUAGUGUGAGACUGUUGCCAACUUCUUACUUGAGAGUCGUCUACUCAUAAUUCUAAUUACUAUGAAUUAUUCAAUUAUGAGAUAGUGUUAUUGUCACAGAUAAAAAAUAAAAAAGGGGUUAGUGUAUCUUUAGAUUGCUAUCAAUAACAAUGUUCAGCAAAUAAUAAAAGUGUAUUGCUAUUAUUAUGGUAAUUCAUGAGCCACUUUAGUUGAUUAAAACCACUUUAUACAUGUUGACUGAUUGAAAUGAAACUAUUUUGUAAACAUUUACCCAUCAUAAAAAUAACUGUUGCACAUUUACUAUAAAUUUUAAAAUGUUUUGAUAUGUCGUUUAAAUUAUAUGUCUAUAGACAGCCAGUGUUGAAAUUGUUGAUGUUGCUUUAAAUUGAUAUAGUAUUUAUAAGAAUGUAUAUUAAGUGGUAUUAUAGAACUAAAAGAAAAAAUGGUAUUUACACUGGAGGGUUAUAGUGUUCUUUUAAGAGUAGUGUCUGGAUUAAGCACAGGCAAGCAACUUGUUUCUAUUGUUUCAAAUGUACAUUAUAACCUUUUAGUAGAUCACAUAUGUUUUGAUGUUACUUAUCUUUGAUGACACAAUUUUAUGCACAAAAAUAUUUUUAUAUGAAAGCACAAAUACAGUCCAUUAUUUGUAAGAAUGUUUUAAGUAAAUAUGAGAUGCAUAGAUUAUAUUCUUUGGUGCAAACAGGUUUUAUAUAUUAUAUUAAAAAACUCCUAUUGUAUUUGCUAGUUAGUAAAAAAUUAAGAGAAAUAUUUAAACUAAAACAUACUGACUGAGUCAAUUAAUUUUAAAUUGUACCAAGUACUGUUAAUUAUAUAAAAAACAUUUUCUAAAGUUUUCUAUGCAUUUUUAUAAGAAACACAUAAGGGGACCAAUAGAUUACUAUAGAAAAUUAGACCACAAUUUAAACUUCUGCCUAAAUAUUGUUAUUCUAAUCCAAUCUUUGUAAACUUGUACUGUAAAAGGCAAAAUAAAUGUAUUAUUCUAA